GCGGUGCUUUGGCGUCGCUCUCCCGGGCUGCGGAAUCGGCCCUUGCUCGUUUUUUGGGCAUCGCACGACGGAGCCGUACCAGCGAUCACGACUCCAAGAGAAGGAAGCGCCAAGCCCACGAGCUCCCUGCCCGCAAGAGCUGCUGCCACAGCUCCACGCGGACCCCAGGGACCACCGCGCCGCGCGCGGAGCAGGACCCAAGAUGGCCAAGCUCGUCAUCAUCUUGGUAGCGUCCGUCUCGACCUACACGCUGAGUCGGAGCUCCGUGCUGCCGAACCCGCCGCCGCAGCGGUCCUGCGCGGCCCUUAAAGCGACGGGCGGCGCCUCCGCGGAAGCGACGGCCGCGACACUUGUCGGGGAGGCCAACGCGAAACUCUUCGAUGCCGCCACGCUCAAGGUCCUGGACUCGCUCGCGGCACUCGGCCAGGGCCACCUCUUCGACGGCUGGCCGGACGCGGGAAAGGACGACGCGGGCAAAAAAAAAUUAGGAGAAGCUUUGCGGCGGACGGACGCGGCCUACGCCGGUGGGUUGCCUGCUUAUGUGACCAAGGCACGGGCACUGCUCGAGGCGUCGCAACGUGGCGACAACCCGUUCGACGGGUUUUCUCCGUCCAUACCUGAUGGCGAGACGCUCACAUUUGGAGGCCAGAAGAUGGCGGCCAUGGAGGAGGAGGGGUUGGUGGCUGCUCGGAAGACGGGCUUUGUGCUCGUGGCGGGAGGCCUGGGCGAGCGCCUCGGCUACGAAGGCAUUAAAUUAGAGUUACCGGUGGAGUUGGCCACGGGCAAGUCCUUUCUAGAGUUGUACGUCGACUACGUGCUGGCCGUGCAGGACCGAGCGCGGACGGAUUCUGGGGAUAAUUCGUUGGUGAUACCUCUAGCUAUCAUGACUUCGGACGACACGGACGCGAAAACGAGAGAGCUGCUCAAGGAGAAGGGCGACUUCGGCGCGGCUCCGGGCCAGAUCACGAUCAUCAAGCAGGACAAGGUCGCGGCACUCCAAGACGCGACGGCUGCUUUAGCCCUCGAUCCCAGUGAUAGGUGGGAAUUACUCACGAAGCCCCACGGCCACGGCGACGUCCACGCCCUCAUGAAGACGUCGGGCACGGCCGACGAGUGGCUCCAGAAGGGCAUCGAGCACGUCUUCUUCUUCCAGGACACGAAUCCGCUUGUGUUGCAUACCGUGUUACCGGCACUAGGUGUGUCUCGCUCAAGGAACUUCGCGAUGAACUCCGUGUGCGUCCCUAGGAGAGGGGGCGAGGCCGCCGGAGCGAUUACGAAGUUGGCGUCUACUGAUGGCGAUUCAUCAAAAGAUUUAGUUAUAAAUGUGGAGUACAACCAGCUCGAGCCGUUGCUACUCGCAGCCACGGGCAAGGGCGACGUCAACGACGACUCCGGCUUCUCGCCCUACCCGGGCAAUGCUAAUGUGUUAGUACUCGGCCUGAAGGAGUACGUCCAGACCAUCAACGGCAAGGAUUCCGGAGUGGUGGAUGAAUUUGUGAACCCCAAGUAUAAAGACGCCGCGAAGUGCGAGUUCAAGAAGCCCACUCGUCUAGAAUGCAUGAUGCAGGACUAUCCUAAAUUAUUAAGGAGGGAGGUAUCGUCCGCGAAGGUCGGCUUCACGACGUUCGAGCGCUUCGUGGCGUUUUCUCCGGCCAAAAAUGAUCUCGAGGCGGCGCGGUCCGCGUCGAAGCAGGGCGAGCCGCCGGGCGCCGCGGGCUCGUGUGAAUAUGAAGUGUAUGCGGCGCACGCGUCGCGGUUGGGUCUGGCCGAGAAGGGCGUGUACAAGAAGACGCGGGACGUGUCCGGGUUGACGGGUUUAUAUGGAGGGCCGCGUAUUGUAUUAUUACCGUCCUUCGCGCUGACGCAGGCCGACGUCUCCAGUAAAGUCUCGGCUAACAGCCUGAAGCUCGCGGACGACGCGACCUUGGUGCUCGAGGGGCCGCACAUUAGGAUCGAGUCGCUUUCCCUGAACGGGGGCCUCACGAUCGUGAAUGCGCGCGACGACGCGACGCUCGUCGUGCGCGACGCCGACGUGGCCAACGCCGGCAUGGCUUUCACAGACAUCGCCGACGCGGACCUGCCCUCGUCAAAACCCUUCGAGAAGAUCCGCGGCUACAAAGCUAUCGACGAAGGGAGCCUCCGCGUAGAGGUGCCCGGGCCGGGGCACUGGGUGCUGACGGGCGCCGGGGAGCUGGAGAAGGUCGGGGACAAGGCGGAGCUAUAGUUGGGGGCUAGUUUUAACGAUCUUGACACGAAA